CUGACGAUGGCUGCCGUGCGAAGGGUGUGCGGAGGGAUGAGAGCAGCCCGAUGAGGUAGAAUUCGGAGCUUGCUGAAGAUGGCACGUUCUCGGAGUCGCCCCGACAUCCACUGGCAGGAGUCAGUGCAAGCGCCGCGUGAGUGAGUCCGUCAUCUGGGAUGGCGUCAUCAGCGUCCUCAUCUCGAGCGGCGCCGCACCACGAGAAGGUCUUCAUCGACGACCUCGCCCUGUCCGACCUCACCGACGCGCAGCAGCGGCAGCUGGCGAGCCUCGCGCCCCGCAAGGCAUCCCAGCGGAUCCAGCGCACCAACAGCAGGCACGCACAUGAGCUGGUGCUCGAGCGGGUGGACGACCCUGCCGACGCUUCGCUCGUCGUCUGUGCGACCUUCCAUCCCGGGGCAGAGGGCUUCCAGAACUAUAUCCAGUGGCGACAGCGGUGCCCCACAGCCAAGUUCUGCCGUGUUCAGUAUCUCGCCCGACUCAUCGACCACAAGAAAUGGAUCCCGCCACCGCACUGGGCGGCUAUUGGUGGUGGUGGUGCUGGUGAUGUGUUGCCCAAGUACCACAGCCUCAUCGACCUCAUCCUGCCCACAUCAGAUGACGACUCCGUGCGGCCAUUCAUCCUGGCGAGUGCGUCGGACGAGCGGACUCAGGCCAAGCACCUGGUGAUGCUGCUGGGCGGGCGGCCGCUGAUGGACACCGACAUGGAUGCCGACGUGGGGAGUGCGACACACUUGGUGUGCAAUAGCGUGAUGAUGCCGCCGGCUGCCGGGGCGGAGGUGUAUGCGGGUGCGAGGGAGAGGGGGCUGCCCAUCGUGAGCAGUGGGUGGCUGGAAGACAUGGUCAAGAAGGAAUGGUAUAUGUGUGAGCCAGAAGAAACAAACCACUUGGCGACAUGGUCAUGUUCCCUUGUUUGAUUGCUGUCGUUGAAACCGUGUGCAGCUAUCUUCCUGACAUUUCGCCGUAUCGCCUGCCGCCGUUCAAGGGCCUGUCGAUAGCCAUCCUCCCAUCAGCCAUCCGCAACCAACAGACCCGCCGCGAGUGCGAGAGGGCCAUCACGGACAAUGGCGGCCGCGUGCUGGACAAGCUGUCGCCCAACGACCUGGCCAGCCGCGUAUCGUGUGUGGUGGUGGACUGCACCGACAACCCCAUUCUGGAGGCCCUCAGGCACCCGAGGCACUCGCAUCUGCGAACGGUCGGUGUGCGGUGGGUGAAGGCCAGCGUGGAGGCCGGCUACCCCAUGAGCUACGACGGUGAGGGCAUGGGUGUGGCUGAGCCGGCGUGGAAGAGAUACCAGGAGGACGCCGAGGUCAUGAUACCCACAGACGACCAGGAAUGCGGCACGUGGCUCAUCAGUCAGUGAGUGCACGCCACACAAAACGCCACGGUGUUUCCUCUCACCGUUCUAUGUGUCUGAUGGAUGGCACAUGCACUCAGGUACGGUGGUGUGUCUGACUCACCUUCCGCCGGCGGUGCAGCACUACCACAAGAUCCUGGUACACAAGGGCGGCGGCAUGCUCGCCUUCGGAUACGACGACCCCGCCAUCACACACGUCCUCGUCGACCCAUCCCAGCCCUCCAACUCCCUCCCAUCCACUCUCACAGCAGGCUCCACCGGCCUCCUGCCGCCCUACUUCGUCACGCCCUCAUGGCUGGACACCUCGAACGAUCAAAAGCAGGCGGCAGACGUGGGGCUCUUCGCAGCCAAGGUGGAUCGCGGCAGGAGCGUCCCGCAGCCGCCGGCGACGCCAUCGCAGCCCCCCGCCCCAUUCUUCAUGCUGACGAAUGGCAACGCCGGUGCGCCGCCGCCCGCGCCGGCGUUCCCCCAGAACCACCCAGCCCCUCCCCCCUCCCUGAGUCGACAACCGACAGACAUGAAUGACGGUGGCCAGCCUGACGCCCCCUUGGCCCCGCCCGCUCCCUUUCCGUUCCCCCCUCCCGUCCCGCCGUUGACCAACCCCAGCAACAACCACAACGCCAAUCGCAACAGGAAGCGCAAGAACGACACGCGCCAGAAGCCGCCCACGCGGGGAUGGGGACAGCAGAAUGACAGCAGGUACAAGAAGCUGGACGUCUUCUCACAGAGGAACACCGGCAACCAGCCGCAGCCACCACCACCACCACCUGGACCACCGCCACAACGAUCGGCCGCUCCCCAUCCGUCCCGUCGCCCCCCCGCCCUGCCGCCCCUCAACUUGAGGGUCAAGCAAGAGACCGGCCAGCCGGCAGCGGCAGCAGCGGCUGUCCCGCCGCCUGCUUUUGAGCCGAUCGUUCAUGUGAAGAGGGAGGACGAGAGCGAGAUGGGCCAGGAGGACGCAUACAGCAUGCACGCAGAGGCGGCGGCCGGCAUGCAGGAGGGGUAUGAGGGCUAUGCGGACCAGGGAGGCAUGGGAGAGGGGGCGGUUGAGGGUGAGGGUGAAAUGGCCGCUGCCGAUGGUGACGGUGGUGGUGUGGGUGAGGACGGCAUGCCGUCAGGGGAGCGGGUGUGCACCAAGAAGAUCGGCGGGCUGCUGCAGGGCAAGUGGCUCGCCUUCCUGGGAUUCAGUGACGACAAGACGGAGAACCUCGCUAACUGCAUAACAACAGCUGAACGGGUGAGCACAGCACUGGAUGGAACAGCAGCAGCCCAAGCAACCCCUAAUCUCUCUCUCUUUGUCUGUGCGUGUGGUUGUGUCAGUUGGGGGCGUCGAUGGUGUGGGGCGAGGCGGUGGCCCGUCGGGAUCCGUCUGAUAUAGCCUACUACGUGCUGCGUCACGAUCAGGGCUACCGCGCCAUGGACCGCUACGGCAUCCCCGAGAUGCCCGAGAAGCAGGUGACCCUCCUGUUCCUCUACACGUGCUGGACCCACAGGCGACUGCUCGACCUCAACAUCUCGCCCAUCUUCAGCCCCAACCGCUACUUCACCCCUGGGGGCGACAACGGCCCCCUGCGAGGCCUCCGCGUGUCGAUAUCGGGGUUCGGAUGGCGGCCAGAGGGGGCCAGUAUGGACCAGGUCCCCCUCAAGAAGGGCGACCGUGAGUUGGUGCGCAUGAUGGUGAAGGGCAUGGGAGCGAAGGAGGUGGAGCUGAGCAGUGGCGGGGACAAGCCGUAUGCCUUGGUGGUGGGCGACGAGCGGCCCAACCCCGCCAAGAUGCUGUCGGCCAAGAGGAGGGACAUUCUUGUGCUCAAGUAUGAGUGGCUAGAGGAGUGCUGGACAUAUGUAAGCCUGCCUGCCAUAGGGGACAACGGCGGGUGGGUCGCAGACACAUGGGCUGUGUUUUUGUGUUCAUGGUGUGGGCUGGGCUGGCAGGGUCGUUUGGUGGUGGGAAUCGGCCGCACCCCUGGUCACUUGGGCGAGGUGGUGUGUGAUGCCUGCGCGGAAGCCGAGGACGACACAAGUGAGGCGGACGACCCGAGCAGUGACGAUGAGGAGAGAGCAGUGACCAGGAGGGCGAGGGCAGCGACGGUGAGAAGGCAUGUGUGUGUAUCGCUGCCUACAUUUUAUAUUUCAUGGCGGUUGGAUUGGAUUGCUGGUAUGAUGGGCUGGUUUAUGCGGGGGCGAGAGAGACACGGCGUAUGAUAGUGCAACCUUGCCUUCGGCUGGUGGAAAAAAUUGA